GGGAGGCUGAGAGAGCAGAUGCAUUGAUCUCAGGAUUGCGCAGCACUCAGCCGACAAACCUGGAGGACCUCUAAUGACAUACAAGAUUUAAGGAUUUGACAGGAGUUACAGCACACAGCACUUGGAUUUGGAGGACGCUGUAUUUUCUGUUUCCGUGCUAUAACAGGGAUGGAUCGGCGGCGGAGAGCAUCCCUCGCGCUCACCUUGAACUUCAUCGCGCUGAUCCUCGCCAUAUCCGCACUGACCACCAGCUACUGGUGUGAGGGGAACCGAAAAGUUGUGAAACCCUUCUGCACCGGGCCGGUGACAGGAAAACAAACACACUGCAUUCGAUAUAACAGCUCGAACGUCAAUGACAGCAGGUUGGUUCAGUACAUUUGGGAGACAGGUGAGGAUAAGUUUGUUCUGAGGAAGUUCCACACCGGCAUUUGGUUUUCCUGUGAGCAGAAUGUCGACCUUGUGGGUGAGAAAUGCAGAAGUUUCAUUAAUGUUGCCCCUCCCCAUGAGAGAGGUGUCUUAUGGCUAUGCAUCGUGGCUGAGUGUCUCUACAUCUUACUGUUGGCCACUGGGGGAAUUCUCAUGUCCAUAGAGGUCUGCCAUUUUGGAAACGUCAUUGAUGGACUCAAACUGAAUGCCUUUGCUGCAAUAUUCACAGUCUUGUCAGGUCUUCUUGGUAUGGUAGCACACAUGAUGUUCACCACAGCAUUCCAGCUGACCGUGAGUCUGGGCCCUGAAGACUGGAAACCACAAAACUGGGACUACAGUUGGUCUUAUAUCUUGGCUUGGAGCUCAUUCACUGCCUGCAUGGCCUCAUCUGUAACCACCAUAAACAGAUACACUAAGACUAUUCUGGAGUUCAAACACAAGCGAAAGAACAUUGAGAAGAACCUGAAGAUCAAGCAGAAGUUGCUGGACCUGGACUCUCCAGACCAGGUGUGGGACAUGUACAUCAGCUCUGUGCCCAGUACUGCUGAGGAGUUUCUGGACCUGUCCAGUUCUGGGCGAAAGCUCUCCACCAAUUCUGUCUUCCUGGACCUCAAUGACCUGCCAUCUCCACAGGGAGAAGAGUACUGUUGAAGCCAAUACAAUGGACCUUCUCAUUUAGAGAGCAUAUCCCUCAUUUUCUUGGUACUCUUGCUUGCUCUUAUUAGACUGUACCUGGCCUCACAUUAUAGUGUAGCCUGAGACCCAUGAAAGCCUUGAUUCAGGGCUCUUAAAAGGGAUAGUUCACCCAAAAAAGUCACCCCCAUGUUUUUCCCAUAUUACUUUUUUUCUUUUUAUCAAAAGAGAAAUUAGGCAGAAUGUUUGCCUCAGUCAACCAUGGCGACUGAGUCUAACAUUCCCCCUCUCUUUUUGUGUUCCACAGAAGAAAGAACAUCAUUCAGGUGUGGAACAAAUUGAGUGUGAGUAAAUGAUGACAUAAUUUUCAUUUUUGGGUGAACUAUCCCUUUAAGGUGAUGCAUUAAGGCUUAAUAACUGUGCUCUUGACAUAAUGCUUUGUUUGAUGUACUCUGUUGUAUUGUUGUUUGUUGAAGAUAAUGCUUUGGGUUUUAGUUUGUUAUUGAUGUGCUAAUAUUUUGUAUUGCUGAUAGUGUAUACAAGUUAUUUAAACUUUUUAAAUUGCAUAAGAAACAUAUGCACAUACUCUCAAAGCUGCCAGACUGACAGCAUAGAAAUAUUUUUACUAGAAAUGAGUGUUCAACUUUUUGUGAAAACUGUCUGCCACAUCAGAUUGUCCCUCUUUGCUGUAUUACUAUGUAAUUUUGAAACAUUUCCAAUUGUAUCCCGAGGGUAUGUAUAUUCUUUUCUAUAUACAGUGCAUCCGGAAAGUAUUCACAGCGCUUCAUUUUUUCCACAUUUUGUUAUGGUACAGCCUUAUUCCAAAAUGGAUUAAAUUCAUUAUUUUCCUCAAAAUUCUACAAACAAUACCCCAUAAUGACAAUGUGAAAAAAGUUGUUUGAAAUC